AUGUCAGGAGAGCAAAUACCCAAAGUCAGGGGAGCAAAUACCCAAUGUAAGGAGAGCAAAUACCCAAUGUCAGGAGAGCAAAUACCCAAUGUCAGGAGAGUAAAUACCCAAUGUAAGGAGAGCAAAUACCCAAUGUCAGGAGAGCAAAUACUCAAUGUCAGGAGAGCAAAUAACCAAUGUCAGGAGAGCAAAUACUCAAUGUCAGGAGAGCAAAUACCCAAUGUCAGGAGAGCAAAUACCCAAUGUCAGGAGAGCAAAUACCCAACAUUGGGAAGAGUAUUAUUUUUCUGUAAUCAAAUUAAAGCUGAAUCUUAUAAACCGGUAUUAUUUUUCUGUAAUCAAAUUAAAGCUCAAUCUUAUAAACCGGUAUUAUUUUUCUGUAAUCAAAUCAAAGCUCAAUCUUAUAAACCAGAAUUAUUUUUCUGUAAUCAAAUCAAAGCUCAAUCUUAUAAACCGGUAUUAUUUUUCUGUAAUCAAAUCAAAGCUCAAUCUUAUAAACCAGACUUAUUUUUCUGUAAUCAAAUCAAAGCUGAAUCCUAUAAACCAGUAUUAUUCUUCUGUAAUCAAAUCAAAGCUCAAUCUUAUAAACUGGUAUUAUUUUUCUGUAAUCAAAUCAAAGCUCAAUCUUAUAAACCGGUAUUAUUUUUCUGUAAUCAAAUCAAAGCUCAAUCUUAUAACCUGGUAUUGUUUUUCUGUAAUCAAAUCAAAGCUCAAUCUUAUAAACCGGUAUUAUUUUUCUGUAAUCAAAUCAAAGCUCAAUCUUAUAAACUGGUAUUAUUUUUCUGUAAUCAAAUAAAAGCUGAAUCUUUUAAACCGGUAUUAUUUUUCUGUAAUCAAAUCAAAGCUGAAUCUUAUAUACCAGAAAUAUUUUUCGGUAAUCAAAUCAAAGCUGAAUCUUAUAAACCAGAAUUAUUUUUCUGUAAUCAAAUCAAAGCUGAAUCUUAUAAAUAA